AUGUCCAUCAGAGCUCUCAACCAGAACUUCCGCUCCUCGGGCUUUGCCGCCAACACGGAUGAGCAGGGCCCACCCCACCCUUUCCUCCUCCCUGGUGGUGAAGGUGACCAUCCUUAUCCCAACGCGUGGUCCUUUCAGUCUGGCAACGGUCCAGUGCGCCGCCCAGGCCACCCCUACCGAUCUCCAUGGGCUCAGGUCGGUGACGAAGAUCAGGGCAACGAAGGCAAUCAUGAGUCCAGUUAUGACCCCGCUUUCCGCAAGCCAUACCAUUUCCUAGGCUACACUGAGCAGCCGCGCACCUACCGUGACCCUCUUCCACGGCACCAGUCCCACGUCUAUCCUGGCCCUACAGAGAAUAGAAAGCCAUACCCUUCCCCCUGGGAUGACGACAAUGUCGAGCGCUGCUCUCGCAAACCCUACCCUUACCCUGGACCAGCCGAUGGCCACAAACCACAUCCCUAUCCGGGUGCGGUCCCGUGGAGACAGCCAUAUCCAUUUCCAUGGGAGGAGCACGACAAGGACAAGCCCUCCUUUCCUCGUCAACCGUAUCAGCUCCCGGGUAAAUCGCAUACCGCGUGUCCAUUCCCCCAACAACCGUACAAAUACCCGGGUAACCCUCAAGGCCUCAAUUCCUUCCAUCAGCAACCGUACCCGUUCCACAGUGGCCAACAUGAAGAACAUGGGAAUGGAGGAUGGUGUGGCCACGGCUCCUUCGGCCAGCCACAUUUCGAUGACCCUUCAUUUGGCGGCGUCGGACGAGAGGAAUUCGAAGGCCACCAUCCCUCUCAUGGUCCCUGGGCAUUCAGUCAACGGGCACCCUACAAAUUUCCGGCCACUGGAUCCGAAAAAUACAAGCCUGAGGUGGAUGUGUUCGACACUCCUGAGACAUUUGUGAUUCAUGUGCCGCUUCCCGGCGCCAAAAAGGAAGAUGUCGAACUCAACUGGGAUCCGAAGGCGGUCGAAAUCAUUAUCACCGGGGUGAUCAACCGACCUGGCUCUGAGAACCUGGUCAAGGCGAUUGCGCUAGAUGAGCGGAAGGUUGGGCCGUUUAGGCGCAACGUGCGGUUGGGGAGUCGGGCGAAUCCGCCCAAGGUAGAUGGUGAUUCGAUUUCAGCUAAAUUGGAGGAUGGAGUUCUUGUUAUUGAGGUGCCGAAAACGGAGCCAGAUGAUAUUGAGGUGAAGAAGGUUGAGGUUGAGUGA